AUAACCAAAAAAAAGUGACAACAGGACCCAACCGCUUAUCCUGGUGUGAGGAUUAUCUAGAAGUAUAUAUACAUAUAUAUAUAUAUUUCUUUCAAUAUUGACAAAAUAUUACGACAUAAUAAUUCUGGUGAAUGAAAAAACCUUCACACCCUUUGGCGGAGGUUUAGUUUCCGCAAUGGUCUAUAGCCGUUCAUAGAUGAAUAAUGCGUGCCCUACUGUUAACGUCAAGCGUAACGAUGGAGACAAAAGUGACAAGCAAGACAGGGAGUCUAAAGGCCCUUUUACUUCGUGCCUGGCGUGAACGCUGGAGUGAUCUCCAAUGGGGAAUAAAUAUAAAAACAAUUCUACCACGUGGAGUGAGUGGAGAUGUGUAUAAUUUAGCUGACUGUAUCCUUCAACAGGCACUAGUAGGACCUGGUCCCAAUGAACUCAUUCUCUCCUACCUCAAGCACUCAUUAAGCUCCCAACUGGUGUCUUACGCAGCUGUUCUCCAACGAAUCAGUAAGUACGACGGCUUUCACAAGCCACAUUGCAUCAUAUGUUUAUUAGAAUUUUUGGAAACAAUACAAGUUGGAAUAACAUGCCGGGGAAGACCAGAAGAGGAUUUUCUCGCUGCCUCUGUGUUAUCAAUCGUCCACUGGUUACUUCAGUGUUAUUUACAAAAUUUGAUAAAAUUACCACAACAGACGUUUAUUGGUCAAGCUGUUAAUUUAACUGAGAAACCUGCAAACAUCUUGAAACAAAUGUUAAGUUCCGAUUUUCUCUGCGCCAUGAUGUACCUAGCUAAGCACGACGACAGAGAUCUCUACCUCGAGGUAUUAAAAAAAUGUCAAGAAAUCGAGGCUUAUCACAAAGCAAAUGGACCAAAAUCACCUCCCAUCGAGGAAACAUUACAAAAACUGACAAAUUUUGAAAUUGAAAGUAUCUUUAUCCAUCCAAAUUCAGCAAAUUCACCAGUCGAAUCAAUCACAUACUGUCUACAGCCAAUGUUUGCUGUACAAGUGUUGCUCAAUGCCAGCACAGAAACGACAAUAUUUGUCAAUCAAUUCCUCAUGAUUCAAAGACUAAAAGGCUACACUAAUGCUCGAUUAUACUGUGAAAUAAUGAGGGCUUGUCUCAUGUGUCUGCAUAAUGCCAUUGGUACUGUCAAAGAAUCCCAAUGGGGUGCAGUGACAUUUCUAAAAUUACCUUCAAUACUUCGAGAACUUCACGUAAAUACUCUAGCCAGUCAAGACGAAAAAUUUGAAUACUCACAAGACGUUUUGGACGCGUUUGAACUUAUUUUUCAACUGACACCACUGUUGGACAUUAUGGAUGCAACGUGCUCGUGCAACAGCAUCGAGUGUCUUCUAACUGAACUGCAAAAAGUUAAUUUAGUCAUGGAUAAACACGUUAAACAAUUGAGUGCACGUAGGGAGGGCAUUGUUGCAGCAUUACAAAAAUUAGAAUCCUCAAGUUCACCAACGUCAUCGAUUAUGAAAGUUAUUAUUCGUGCUGAGCCAACAUUGGCUGGUAUAUUGAAAACAUUGAGUGCUGAUUACACGAAAAUUCAAGAGGCAUUGUUGAGUAUGUUGUGUCAGGUGUUGAAUGGAAAAAGUUUAGAUUUAAUGCUGUCUGUGGCGACGGUACAGGGAACGCUCAAGACACUGGUAUCAAAAUUAAUUAAAUUCAACGAAUGCAGCAAACAAAUUAAUGAACCUGUUCCUGGUAAAACAGCAGCUACUCGAGCAAUGUUGUUUGACAUAUCGUUUCUCAUUUUAUGCUGCAUUGUACAAACCUAUGGAUCUGAUAUUGUCCUGGAAGAGGGUGGAGAUUCAUUCUUUGAACAGUGGGUGAGAGAAUGUAUGCCGGAGAAAAAUAAGCCAAAAUCACCGCAAAAAAUGCUUCAGAAUGUUGAUAGUGGACGAGUUGAUGCACUUUUGACGCAGAUAACUUCACCAGAGCCCGAUUUUAAAUCAAGCAAUGUCAAGUGGCAUGUUACCUGUCAAAGUGCUAUGGGAGUUGUCAGGGAAUUGUUGUGCGCUUGGGAGGGAGGUGUUUUGAGUGCUGCUGAUGUUAAGAGGGCACUCGAUGGAUUACGAUCCGCUGCUUGCUGUUUACCUGUCAGUGCAACUGCCUGGUUAUGCGCUCAUAUGGGAAUUACCCAUGAGGAUGCUCGCUUGAAACCCCUAAAUAUGGUGCAACAGUUUGUUACUCCUCUGGCCAAUGAGGAAAUGCAGGAUAACUUCAAACAUGACACGUCCAGUCUCAUGUUUCAGAUUAUAAGAAAAAUGCAGUAUGAUGUACAUCCACCAACGCAGUCCAAGACCAAAGCUCUAUCGGUCUCACAUAAUAUAAUUUCCAAACAACCGAUACUAGAACAACUUCAAUCUGUUUGGGGAGAUAUACAACAACGUGGUUGGGUCACUAUUCAAUCAACACAAACCUUGGAAUCACUUCUCAAUACUGGUGGUACUCUUUGGUUCGUUGCCAAUCUUGUGAAGGAGUCUUUGAAGUACCGAAAUCGUGAGGAACUUGAUCGUGCCAUCGAUCUCGUCUUCGCUAUUUUCCAUUUGGACAUUGAAAAUUGUACGAUUAAUCUUCUCAAUCACGUACUACCUCAAUACCUCUACAAUUCAUUGCAGGGUGAAGAACUUGUGGAGCCUCAGUCAUUUCAGUUGGCAAAACUCUGUGUUUACUGUAUAUUAUCAACUCUAGAGUACAAUAAUUCUAAUCCAGAAAGGAGUAAUAGUCGUAAAAGAACACGACGUGAUAUGGAAUCUGAGGAAUUGGAAAAUCUUUGUGGUCCAGCUAAUAAAAUACUUCGAUUGAAUGAAGCUGGUGAUUCCAAUACCAUAUUCGGAUCUAAUUCACCACAAGCACAGGGUCCAACAAAUGGACAAAAAUCAAUUAUCCUGAGGGAUCCGCUGAUGAGUACUUUGAAUGAUUUAUUUAAAUCGUUCAGUUAUUUGGCUGGAAGAGAUGGCGAAGUGUCACAGCAGACCCAUUUUAUUCUUCAAUUUUUAAAAAUUAUGGUACAGUGUGGUAAAGAUAGAACUCGCGUUGUACUUCAAGCUAUUCCACAAACACUGGUCCCCUGUUUGCUCAAAGCUCUGCCAGAACUUUUUACAACAGAUCUUCUUCUCAGGCUCUAUGACAUUCAGACUAUUCCCGGAAAAAAAGCAAUGGCCAGAGAUCUCUGUAUGUUAAGAAACAUAAAUUUAAAGCCAAUAAAAUAGGUCAUUUACUCAGUUGUAUUGAUACGGAAAAUGUCGGUGAAUAAAAUAAAAAUUUAUAUACCAAUUUAUAAGAAUUGAAAAUUGUUAGAUUAUUCUUUAUGGUUUAUACCUCCUUAUAAAUUAAGAAAAAAAUUACAAUAAAGA